AUGUCAUCUCCAACUACGCCGUCGUAUUGGUGCUAUAGAUGCAGCCGUUUCGUUCAGGUUUGGAGACAGGACUCGGUUAGUUGCCCAGAAUGUGAAUCCGGGUUCAUUGAAGAAAUCGAAAACCCACCUCACGUGAUUCAAACUGAAACAUCACGUGACCGACAGCGCAGGUUUUCUCCCGCUGCCGGAACCAUGUUCAUGAUCGGUAACCGCUCAAACCCUCAUCGCCGGAACCGCCGCGGUGGCGCCGCCGGUAGCGGAGACCGGUCCCCGAUUAAUCCAGUGAUCGUGCUUCGUGGUGGGCCUGGAGGAGCGGUGGAGGACGUAGUGGGAGAUGACGGUGGUCGUAGCGGUGGUGGGUUUGAGCUUUAUUAUGACGAUGGCGGUGGGUCCGGGUUGAGGCCGUUGCCGCCGAGUAUGUCGGAGUUUUUAUUGGGAUCAGGGUUUGAGAGAUUGUUGGAUCAGUUAUCACAGAUUGAAAUAAAUGGAGGGUUUGGUAGGUAUGAGAAUCAGCGUCCACCGGCGUCAAAAUCGGCGAUUGAAUCGAUGCCUACGGUAAUUAUCGAUGAAUCUCAUAUUUUCACUGAAUUGCAUUGUGCUGUUUGUAAAGAUGCUUUUGAAUUAGAAUCCGAAGCACGAGAGAUGCCAUGUAAACAUAUUUAUCAUAAUGAUUGUAUACUUCCUUGGUUAUCUAUUCGUAAUUCUUGUCCUGUUUGUCGACAUGAAUUGCCUUCCGGUGAUGAUGAUGGUGAGGAUGGUAAUAAUGGGAUUGAGAGUCCGUUGCCUGACGCAGCGAAUGGACAGGGAAAUAAUGAGGAGGAGGCAGUUGGAUUGACGAUUUGGAGAUUACCGGGAGGAGGGUAUGCAGUGGGGAGGUUUACAGGGGCGAGGAGGGGAGAAAGAGAGUUGCCUGUGGUUUAUACAGAGAUGGAUGGUGCGUUUAACAACGGUGGAUUGCCGAGGAGGAUAUCUUGGGGGUCUAGAGGGGGUGGAAGAAGGGAGAAUAGUGGCGGGGGUAAUGGUGGUGGAAAUGGUGGUAAUAGAGGGUUUGGUUUGGGGAGAGUUUUUAGGCAUUGGUUUGCUUGUUUUGGCGUGGGGCAGAGUUCAAGUUCCGAUCCCAGAGCCACGGGGAGGAAUAGGCCUUAUUCGGUUUUUAGUAGUUCCUCUUCGAUGAGGAGAAGGGGUUGGGGUGCAGAGAUUAAUAGUGCAAGGAGACGGUGA